AGAAAGCCAUGACAAAAAGCAAGGAAUUCCUUCUCUCCCUUCAUCUCAUCAAGGAAUCUCCUUUCCACAAAACUCACCUAUAUCACCACCAAAACAUCACAUCAUUACAAUCAACCAUGUCAAGUAACAUCACUGAACACCUCAGGGGAGCCACGCACCCCGAGGGCGACUACCACAGUGCGGACGACCUCGAAAACUCCUUCGACAACGAAGCCUCUGAUCAAGAAGACGACGUCGACAACUCCAACUACAUAUACGUCGUCAACACAAUCCUGAGCGGCACUGCCCGUCUCAACGUCCUGCUUCCCACGGCCACCAUCCUCGCCUUCUCCAUCUUCGCCCCGCUGCUGACCAACGACGGCAAAUGCACCACGUUGAACCGGUGGCUGAUGGGCUGCUUCCUGGCCGUGUCGGCCAGCUCGUGCGUGUUCUUCUCGUUAACGGACAGUUUCAGGACGAGCAGCGGCCGGCUGUAUUAUGGGGUGGCCACGCUCCGCGGGAUAAGGAACUUUGGGGGAGGGCGGGCUCGGCCACGCCUCCCCGGGGAGUAUAGGCUGCGGUGGAGCGACGCGUACCAUGCGUUGCUCUCGUUGGUUGCGUUCCUUACCUUUGCUUUGCUGCAUAGUGAUGUGCUGAGCUGCUAUGAUCUGGUUUUGGCAAGGAAAUUCACUAAUACUUUUCCACUUGUGGUUGGUUUUGUGAUUAGUCUUCUCUUUGUGUUGUUUCCUUCGAAGAGGAGAGGCAUUGGGUAUCCUUUCCUGCUGCAGAUUGAUAAUUUCCACAACAGAAAAUGAUGAUCAAAUAAUCACACACAAACAAAAUAUAGAAAAAAAGCUUUUUCUAAUUUGGGAAGCUUAUUUCCAUAAUAAACCGAAAGAAGAAAUUUUUCCGCGUGUGUGAGAGAGAGUGAGAGACGGGGUUGGCUGCAAACGACACUGAGGGAAAAUAAACCGCGAAAUUUCUAAUGGUUUUUACUGAGGUUGCAUGCACACGA